GGGGACCUAAAUUUCUCAGACGGCGGCAGCGGCCGCACGAGAAACCCUACAGAUGGGUUCCUUCACACACCCCAGAGAGAGCACCUAAAAUGCGACGUGUGGCAGUCUAGGAGCACCACUUAACACGCUCACAGGCCCAAGAAGUGAUCGUGGUGAGGGCCUGUCAUCUAUCUGUAUUACGUAUGGGCUCUUACACGCUAGAAAGCCCAUUAGCCCAGAGCACGUGCUAACAUACCGCACAUCCUCUCAGUCUCAGCUGUGAGGCCAUGGCGAGUACCUUUCCCACCCCGACCCUCUUGACGCCCAAGCUGUCCCAGCCACCGCUCGGUCCUUCGCGCCGCAACGCUGCCGCUGCGGCUGCCCCGUGGCCGCAUCGUGGGCGGAUCAGCGCGACCACAGGAGGCGAAGCUGCCGCAGCAGCAGAAGCAAAGGCCAGGAAGGAGCAGAGGAAACGAUGCCUGAGGUGCGGCGCCCUGUACCUGGACGAGGACAACUCCGCUGCCGCCUGCGCCUUCCAUGGCCACAUCACCGGUGAGAAGGGGCUGUUUUCGCUGUCGCCGCCGCACCAGGGGAUCGACGGCGAGUGGAGCGACAAGAGCGGGGUCAUCGUCUACCGGUGGAACGACCGUGGCGACAGCCCCAACACCGGCCGUGCCAACUGGAAGGGGAGGUGGAGCUGCUGCCAGGAGCGGGACGAGGAAGCGCCGCCGUGCCGCCGUGGGCACCACGUCUCGUACGACGACGGCUUCACUCUCUUCUAGCCACAGGUCUACACCGGUUGUAUGAAUAUAGAAGUUGUUGUUUUUUGUAACCCGAUACUGCUUUAUGAAAUGCAACAGUGUCCAUUUAUAAAGGAAGAGUACAAUAGAGUUAAGAACA